AUGUAUAAUAUGCUGGCGACUACCUACUUAGCUACUUCACCGACGAGAGCUGGGAAACCCCCUCACCCAAUCAGACGAGAGCUGGGAAACCCCCUCACCCAAUCAGACGAGAGCUGGGAAACACCCUCACCCAAUCAGACGAGAACUGGGAAACUCCCUCACCCAAUCAGACGAGAGCUGGGAAACUCCCUCACCCAAUCAGACGAGAGCUGGGAAACCCCUUCGCCCAAUCAGACGAAAGCUGGGAAACUCCCUCUCCAAAUCAGACGAGAGCUGGGAAACUCCCUCACCCAAUCAGACGAGAACUGGGAAACCCCCUCACCCAAUCAGACGAGAGCUGGGAAACCCCCUCACCCAAUUAGACGAGAGCUGGGAAACUCCCUCACCCAAUCAGACGAGAGCUGGGAAACCCCCUCACCCAAUCAGACGAGAGCUGGGAAACUUCCUCACCCAAUCAGACGAGAGCUGGGAAACUCCCUCUCCAAAUCAGACGAGAGCUUGGAAACUCCCUCUCCAAAUCAGACGAGAGCUGGGAAACUCCCUCACCCAAUCAGACGAGAGCUGGGAAACUCCCUCACCAAAUCAGACGAGAGCUGGGAAACUCCCUCACCCAAUCAGACGAGAGCUGGGAAACUCCCUCACCCAAUCAGACGAGAACUGGGAAACUCCCUCACCCAAUCAGACGAGAGCUGGGAAACACCCUCACCCAAUCAGACGAGAGCUGAAAAACUCCCUCUCCAAAUCAGACGAGAGCUAGGAAACUCCCUCACCCAAUCAGACGAGAGCUGGGAAACUCCCUCACCCAAUCAGACGAGAGCUGGGAAACUCCCUCUCCAAAUCAGACGAGAGCUGGGAAACCCCCUCACCCAAUCAGACGAGAGCUGGGACACCCCCUCACCCAAUCAGACGAGAGCUGGGAAACUCCCUCACCCAAUCAGACGAGAGCUGGGAAACUCCCUCACCCAAUCAGACGAGAACUGGGAAACCCCCUCACCCAAUCAGACGAGAGCUGGGAAACUCCCUCACCCAAUCAGACGAGAGCUGGGAAACCCCUUCGCCCAAUCAGACGAGAGCUGGGAAACUCCCUCACCCAAUCAGACGAGAGCUGGGAAACUCCCUCACCCAAUCAGACGAGAGCUGGGAAACUCCCUCACCCAAUCAGACGAGAGCUGGGAAACCCCCUCACCCAAUCAGACGAGAGCUGGGAAACUCCCUCACCCAAUCAGACGAGAGCUGGGAAACCCCUUCGCCCAAUCAGACGAGAGCUGGGAAACUCCCUCACCCAAUCAGACGAGAGCUGGGAAACUCCCUCACCCAAUCAGACGAGAGCUGUGA